AUGUCUUCUGUUACUACUCGCCAGGCAUUCCGCCGAACUGACGAUUUUACACCUGGGACACCAAAACUCAAGCUCGUGACCGAGGAUCUGCCCCUGCCACUACAUCCGACAGAGGUUCUGAUUGAGGUUCACGCAGUCGCACUCAACUAUCGCGAUGCCAACAUUGCCAACGGCGGCAACCCGUGGCCUGUGAUCCCGAAUGGCAUUCCCGGAAACGAUGCCGCCGGCCAGAUCAUCGCUGUGGGCGAGAGAGUCUCGCUGGUCUCGGUUGGUGAUCGGGUAGCUCCUAUUACGGACUCGGCAUAUCUUACUGCUCGAUCAACCGGACGGUCGUGGCUCGCCGCGAAUGAAGAUGGAGUGUUGGCCAGCCAUCUGGUUUUCGACGAGAAGUUGGUGACCAAGCUUCCUGAUCACCUUGAUUGGAUCCAAUCUAGCAUCAUCCCGUGUGCAGGCACAACAGCGUGGUCUGCACUCAAAGGAGCUACAAUGGGCCAGACUGUCUUGAUUCAAGGUACUGGCGGAGUGUCAACGUUCGCGCUGAAGCUGGCGCAAGCAUCUGGGUUAAAGGUUAUCUUGACAUCUUCUGAUGAUAAAAAACUCCAAAGCAUCAAAGCGCAAUUCACCAAGCCAGAAAUCCAAACUGUCAACUACAGAACGAACCCCGAGUGGCACGAGGAGGUUCUCAAACUCACCAACGGCGUUGGUGUUGAUCUUGUAGUGGAAAAUGGUGGAAGCAGCUCCCUUGUCAAGAGUAUGUUGUGUACUCGUCGGGGAGGCAUUGUCAGCCAGGUUGGCUAUCUGGGAGGUCCUAAGCCUGAACAUCUGAAAGAAUUUGUUUCCACGAUCAUUGACAGAAGACUGAACGUCAGGGGGAUAAAUGCCGGGUCAAAAGAUGACCAGGACGAGCUCAUGGCGGCAAUCUCAGCCGUACAAAUGACAUUCAAUGAGAUUCUAGACUCUGUGUGGUCCUUUGAUAAAUCCGAGGAAGCGGUUGAGUUUAUUUGGCAAGGGAAACAAGUUGGAAAAGUGGUGGUCAGCCUCGACAAAUAA